GUGAACUUCAGCGCUUCGGAUAAGUUCGGACAAUCGCGGUAAAAGUAACUAUCCCCUACCACCCAACCGUGCGCGUGAUCCACAACCCACACAACUCCUAUAUCAAAUUUGCUCGUACAAGUUCGAACACACAUUUAUAGUGUAUAAACUAAGGUGUACGAAGUAAUCCAGCCUACGUUGAGUUUUGGCCCCUCCAGAACAAAGUGCCGACUCAUGAAUCGGAGUGUAACAGAAAUGCCGGAGGCGCCUCCUGCUCCCAACACUUAUCCCACCACUUUGCUAGCAGCAGGCUCCAAUGCUCGUGGGCAGCUGGGCACCGGCUCCAUCGAUGACGCUCACACGCUCACACCUUGCGUGUUCAAAGGCCACGGUCCCCACUUCACCCCAGCGAACUGGAGACACCAACGACUCUUGUUACACUCUAUGACGGAUUUCAACGUUCUCUCUUCAAUGAUGCUGCCGACAGGGUUACCCGUAUAUUCCCGACGUCCGCCUUCGUCAUAUAUUCCCAGAUAUACGUCUUUUGCUUUCCACCCUCUAGAAAUGAUGUACGCCGUUGGUGAGCCCGACGGAACUGUCAAACUUAUGGGUUCCAAACUCUCCUAACUUAUCCUUGAUGCCUACGUACAUGUACGAGGAAGCGAUACCUUGAGAGAUGAUGCCCAUUAAUCUAGUGUACAUAAUUUCAUUGCGCAUAUGUAACUAUAGUCUGUAUCGUACUGCGUAGUGAUGCGACAGUAAUCUCCUCGAAGCCAAGGCAAUAGUAGAUACAAUAGGGUCGCUCAAA